GACCGAAGGAGGAAGAGAGUGUGAGGGAAGGAGGGAGAGCGUCGCCCUGUGCGCAUGCGCGGCCAUGGCCGGCCAAGGCUGGGGGAGGCGAGCGCUGCCGGUGUUCGCGGGGGCGGCGCUGGGGGGCGCGCUCGUCUUGGAGGUGCUCGCCGUCCUAUUGCUGCGGGAAGAAAGCGAAGGCAAAGGCGGCGGACGACCUCUGCACUUCCCUUUCUGGCCGCUGGUGUCGCUGUUGUACCUGCUCGCGAACGCGCUCGAGAACGCGCGCCGCUUUAUCAUCGCCUCUCCCAGCACGCGCGGAGUCAUGCUCGCAGGCGCAGGCCAAGGAUGGGACUACUGCUACUCCUGCCAGUCGCAUGUCCCUCCCCGCUGCGGCCACUGCUUCUCCUGCAACGUCUGCGUCCUGCGGCGUGACCACCAUUGCGCCUUGCUGGGCCAGUGUCUGGGCUACCAGAACUACCGCUACUUCCUCUGCCUGCUCUUCCACGGCUCUCUCCUGCUGCUCUAUGGCUCCCUCCUCAAUGCCGACGUCGUCCGGUCCCUGCUCCAGGAGGACACUCCUACAAGGACCAUCCUACUCCUCGUUCUGCCAUGGCUUAUGCUACUCAUGGGGCAAGUGAACGUCGCAGCCUUCAUCUAUGCCUUUGUGACCGAUGUCUGCAUCGUGGGCUGCCUCUUCUGCGUUGGCUUCUUGCUCUUUCACAGCCUGCUGGCGUUUCGUGGGCAGACCACCAAGGAAUGGUUCGAAGGCAAUCGCCAGUAUGACCUGGGCUGGCGGGGCAACCUUCGAGAAGUCCUGGGGGACCAGUGGCAUCUCGUGUGGUUCGCGCCUUUCGUCGCUUCUCCAUUGCCAGGGGAUGGGAUCACUUUCCAAACCAAACCUCCCAAACCAGAGCCCCUCCACAAAGCCCGCGACCUCUGAAGGAUCUUGGUCCACGUUGUUCAAGAGGGGGAGAAUUCCUUUCUAUGGGAGAAGGACAGAAACCUCUACUUGAAAACUUAAGACCUGAAAGAUGAACUCUUCCGUCAUCCAAGUUAUGCGCUUUCGGGGAGAUGGUGCUGUGGUUACAUCUACUUCUAUCUAACACGGAUGCUUUCCCCAAAGCAAGAAUGGUCUUUGAGGGCCUGAAAUGGUUUGGCUCAGUGGUCCAAAAGGACGGAAGCAGAAUGGUAUUCAUUCAUUCUGAUGGUUGAUGCCGGGAUCAAGUGUCUUUGCUCUCUUUCGGAUUUGCGUAGUGCUUUUACACCUGCUCACUUAGUCUUUGUAACAUCCUUAGGAUGGAAGCAACCUGGAAAACCAAGAACAAGAACCGGGAAUCACUGCCCGAAUCCCACGCCAAGCCUAGCGGAUGUGGCAGCUAUGUCUUCCCCUCCUUUUUCCUUCUCCUUUGUGAAGUUGGCCUUUUGUAUGUAUAGUUUAACAGAUAUUGGAACGGUGCCUUGUGCGAUUCGGGAGGAAUUUGGUAAUACUUACCCAUUCCAUAACACCAGGGAAUGCUUGCAACAUUCCUUCUUGUAUUAUUAUUACUUGUUGAAUCCUUUAAAAAACACUGAUGGUUUUCUCUCCGCUCGCCCCACAUUUUGGAAGGAACGAAGGAAGGGUUAUGCCACUGAAAGCCCACAAAAUGGGACAGAUGGAUGGGGGAAAGGGGUUAGAGAGGCCAGACCCUGAUAUGGUGCCUUGCUGACUUUCCUCUACUUCCCAUAAUAUAGUAUUUAUGAAGCUGCUUUACACAGAGUCAGGUCACUGGUCCAUUACUCCUGAGAAGGAGUAACUUAUCCUAACCCUUCCACAUACUGUAAUGUUGCUAGGAACUGAAAUGGAGACUUGAGGCAUCCAAAAUGUGAGCUCUGCCACAGAGGUACUACUCCCAGUACCUUGACAUGUCAGAGCAUCCUUUCCAUGAGACUUCUAUGUAUUUCAGUUACAUAGCACAGGGCAGAAAAUGGAGACCUUAGGAUUGAAUGUUCUCAGCCCACAUUAUGUGACGGAUCUUAAUUUCCAGGCCCAACGAAUAGUAAGCCAUCUGCCGUCAUGAACAAAUUCAUUUAGGUGAGCAAAUGCUAUGCUCUUGACAUCUUGAGAUGACUACCUUUCUUUAAUCUCUGAAUAAUACUAAUGUUGGAGGAAUUGGUUUAAAUCUCUUCAUAGUUGUGAGUUCUUUGGGUGGUUUAGGGGCGAGCGGCUAUUCUUUUCGGUUUUGGCUUCUCAUUUAACGCCUUGAAUGUCGAAACACCCGUUGCACAUUAAAGUACUGUUUAAAGCGAUAAA